GAAGCGCGUUUCCGUGUGUCCUGCCACGUCAGUUUCUGACGGAUGUCGGAGGAGGAUCCUGGGCAGUGAAGGCGGUGCUCGCUCGAGAUGUAGCCGUGUCUUUAGUCCUACUGAAGUAAGAGGGAAGUACUAAGUGGUCAGCAGUUGCUCGAAAGAUCUAAAGGAAAGACCAUGGACACCAGCAAACUGGCUGAGAGACUCGCUGAAGCCGGGCAGUCUCAUGUUCUCCAAUACUGGGACCAGCUAAGCCCUGAGGAACAAGCUGAAAUGAUUGUUGAUUUGGAGAGCCUGAACUUCAUGGAGGUCAAUAACUUCUUUAAAACUGCCAUGAAGACGUCUGGGCAGAACUCACAGGAGAAGGUGGACACCAGAAUGGAGCCGGUGCCCCGAGAAGUUUUGGGAAGUGUAACACGCGAUCGGGAACGUCUCAAAGAAUGGGAAGAAGAGGGCCUUCGCUGUAUUUCAGAGAACAAAGUGGCAGUUCUUCUAUUGGCUGGAGGGCAAGGGACACGGCUGGGUGUAUCAUAUCCAAAAGGGAUGUAUGACGUGUACCUCCCCUCUCACAAAACCCUCUUUCAGAUCCAGGCAGAGCGCAUCAGAAGACUGGAACAGCUCGCUGAAAAACAGCACUCAAAGAAGUGCUGUAUUCCAUGGUACAUUAUGACAAGUGGCAGAACAAUGGACAUGACCAAAGAUUUUUUCAUGCAACACAAAUACUUCGGCCUGAAGGAAGAGAAUGUGUUUUUCUUUCAGCAAGGCAUGCUUCCCGCUGUGGACUUUAAUGGGAAAGUUAUUCUAGAGGGCAAAGGCAAACUGUCCAUGGCACCAGAUGGAAACGGGGGCCUGUACAGAGCUCUGGGGACACAGAAUAUUGUGAAGGACAUGGAGACGAGAGGAAUCUCCUACAUCCACGUCUACUGUGUAGACAACAUUCUUGUGAAAGUGGCCGACCCUGCUUUCAUUGGCUUCUGUACACUGAAAGGAGCCGACUGCGGUGCAAAGGUUGUGGAAAAGACCAAUCCAACAGAAGCAGUGGGCGUGGUCUGUAAGGUGGAUGGACGCUAUCAAGUAGUGGAGUACAGCGAGAUUACCUUGGCAACAGCAGAGAAGCGAAGCGCUGAUGGACGACUUGUGUUCAAUGCCGGCAACAUAGCCAAUCACUUCUUCACCCUCACAUUCCUCAAAGAGAUCGUGAGGACUCACGAGCCACAGUUGCAACACCAUGUGGCACAGAAAAAAAUUCCCUAUGUGAACACACAAGGACAGCUAAUCAAACCUGACAAACCCAAUGGGAUUAAGAUGGAAAAAUUUGUCUUCGACAUAUUCCAGUUUGCCAAAACAUUUGUGGUAUAUGAAGUUCUGAGAGAAGACGAGUUUUCUCCAUUGAAAAAUGCAGACAGUCAAGAUGGGAAGGACAACCCCACUACAGCCCGUCAGGCCCUCAUGUCCCUGCAUCACCGCUGGAUCUUAAAUGCAGGAGGACAUUUCGUUGAUGAGAAUGGAACCCCCAUACCUGCUAUACCCAGACAUGGACCAGCAGGGACAGUCACACCUGAAGUCAGCCAGAACCUGAAGGAUGGAACAGACCUGCCAAUCAAAUGUGAGAUCUCUCCUCUUGUGUCUUACGGUGGUGAGGGGUUGGAGCAUCUUGUGAAUGGAAAAGCUUUCCAGCCCACGCUGGUCAUCGAUGAGAACGGCGUCCACGAGCUUGUGAAGAACGGCCUGUGAACCCCGAGCCAGCUGCUGCACUUGAAACCAAAAUGAAGGCUCUUUUUCUCUUCAUCUUCAUCUCACUUCCUGCCAGGGUGGAGGAAACCGUGACAUUCUUGUGCAAUAAAAUGUAUGAACGGUGCCAGUAGGCUAAUCACAAUCAAAUCAUUUUAGUCAAUCAUCUAUUUAUUUUGUGAAGACUUAUUUUUAUAUCAGUGUGCAGGGCUUUUUUUUAGAAUUGGAACUUAUGAGUUCAGCCGUUUAAUUUAUAUAUAGAUGUAUCAAAUGAUACACAGUGCAUGAAUGGUCACUGCUAAGAUUUUAGGCAUUUCUGCUUAAUCUGUUCCACUCUCUAAAAAUGUAGAUACAUUAAAACAAAGUUCGGUCUUCUCUAUGGAUGUCUGUUUUUCACAGGUAUGUUUUCGACAAGAAAAAGUGAGUGGGAAUGUGACAUUGCAUCAGAUUUUCCAGCACAGGGUUUAUGGGAGAGGUUCUGAUUGGUUUGAAUCGGUUGCUGCCACUAACAGUGCUUCAGAAAGUGUGCACUUUGAGACACCUUCUCUCUUUUACUGUCUACCUAUUCCACUUUUCUGAUUAGCCUUUGUCUGCACCUUCUAUGUCUGUGCACAUGCAUGUAUAAAAUCAUUUAUCAUGAUAAAUGAUUCAUUGUUUGUUUACGUUCAAUUCUGUAUACUUUUCUCAGUUACCAUUUAUAGGAAUGUCUUGACUUACAUUUGCACAAGAUGCAUGGAAAUUGGAAAAUUACAUUACAUAUAAUUUGGCAUUUGAGAAAAUUGCUGCAAUUUUCGCAUUCAUAUAAAGCAGAGACAAAUGCUUCCUGGUUUCAAGCAUGUGAUUACUAUAAACAGACAUAUUUCAAGAUCUUUUUUAAGCGUGGUAUUUUUUUGUCUUCCUUUUGGAUACGUUGAAAACAUUUUCUCAGAAUUCUUGGAUUUGUGUUGCCUUCAGUUGGCAAUAAAAGUAUCAGUUCCUGCCACUUAAUUUGGUUCUCCAGCAAUUCUGAGAUGUUUUCAUUGUCCCGAAUACAAAAAAAAAAGCUGAAUAGAGAAAUGUUUUUAAACAUUUUGAAGUGUAUCUGUUUACACUAAUCACAUGGUUAAAUCUGGACAGUGUUUGUCUCAUUGCUAUAGUGAAAAUUAAUAGAAAUAUGCCUUGACCUACUGUAGGCCCAUCAAUCUCAAUCCCUGUAUAAACAAAGCUCAGAAAUUAAAGUAUAAUUUCUUGGAAAA